UCAACGUAUAAAUUCGCAAAUUAGGGUUAGGGUUCCUCAUUGCCGGCUUCACAGCUUCGCCCACAACCAGCAAAAGAACGAGCUUUGCAUCGGAGGCGAAAAUGGUGAAGGGUCGCCAGGGAGAGCGAGUCAGACUCUACGUGCGAGGGACUGUCCUCGGCUAUAAGAGGUCGAAGUCGAAUCAGUACCCGAACACAUCACUGAUCCAGAUCGAGGGAGUGAACACCAAGGAGGAGGUGGCAUGGUACGCCGGGAAGAAAAUGGCCUACAUCUACAAGGCCAAGGUCAAGAAGAACGGGACUCACUACCGUUGCAUCUGGGGGAAGGUUGCCCGGCCCCACGGUAACAGUGGCGUUGUUCGUGCCAAGUUCAAAUCAAACUUGCCUCCCAAGUCCAUGGGAGCUCGGGUUAGAGUUUUCAUGUACCCCAGCAACAUAUGAGCUCCUGGGCACAUGCAGACACCAUUGGAGUCUUUGCGGGCAUGAGGGAAUCUAUGCUUCUUUCAGCGUGCGCUAAAAUAGAUGGUUUUCGGCUUUUGCACUACAACUUUAAAGUUUUGGAAAUUGGUAGACUUCCUUUUAGUUUUUCUGUAAGGCAUGGACAACCUUGUAGCUGUGACAAUGAAGUUUUGCCUAUUACGAGUUUCGAUUUCAGCUA